AUGAACUUCCACGCUAUGGUUCUGCUGUGGCUGGUGAUCUACAUAGCCCAGUCCUUUAGCCAUUUCCCGCCGGCGCUGGAGUACCCCCUGCCUCGACUACAAUAUGGUAGGGAGCUGCUCCUGGCAUGGGACACUCUUAGCCCCCCAGCAGACCUUGGAACGAUCAGCUUUGAUGGAUUUCUAGCGCCCGCUCUCCGGAGAACCCCCAGGUCAGGCGGAUGGUCCCGCCGGCUGAGGAAACGAGGAAGACGGGGGGGCGCGCGGCUGAAACUGAAAAACCAGCCAUUAUGUUGUAUACCGUUACCAUCUAUAAUGCGCUCUAACGCCCAGUCUCUGUGAAAUAAGACUGAUGAACUACAAGCUCUUACUCGCCACAGUCACGACUCUAAGGACACCUGCAUCCUCGCCUUCUCGGAGACCUGGCUGUCGGACAGGGACACUGAUGCGGACAUGGAGGGGUUUGGACCACCCAUAAGGUUAGACCAAGACGCCACUGCCACAGGCAAGUCUUCUGGUGGGGGUGUGUGCAUGCACAUAAAUCAGCGAUGGUGUAAAUCUGUUCCUAUCCGGGAGAAAUUGUGUACUGAAGACAUUGAACUACUCUCUGUUUCAUUACGCCCCCCAUAUCUGCCACGGGAGUUCCCCCAGACAUUUGUGACUGUCGUGUACAUCCAUCCGAGGGCUAAUGAAAGAAACGCCUAUGAUAUUAUCUAUCAAGUCACACAGAGUCUUCAGGCUGUUUCCCCGGAAGCAACUCAUAUUAGUAUGGGCGAUAUGAAUCAUGUGACACUUAAAACCACGCUGAGAGACUUCCACCAGUACAUCACAUGCCCCACUAGACACAACAAGACCAUCAACCUCUGUUAUGGCAAUGUUAAAGGGGCCUACAAAUCCAUCCCUUGGCUCCUCCGACCACAACUGCAUCCACCUCAUCCCGGUGUACCGGACUGCUCUGAAGCAAGGCAUAGUGCAAAGCGUCCAAGUGAAAUCCUGGAACAAUGAUGCCUGUUUCACUUUACAGGGUUGCCUGGACUCUACUGACUGGGAAAUGUUCAAGGAGUCUUCUGAUGGUAUAGAUGAACUAACUGAUGUGGUGAGCAGCUGGGUUUCUUACUGUGAAGAUCAUGUCGUACCCAUCAAAACUGUAAAAAUAUAAAUCAAUACUAAACCUUGGGUUUCCAAGUCUCCUAAAGACCUUCUGUAUAAAAAGAAAAAAGCCUUCAGAUAAGGGAAGAGAGUAGCCCUGCACAACCUGCAGAAGGAGAUCAAACGUGAGGUCAGAGCUUGCAAAAAACAAUACAAAGACAACAUUGAGUCAGCUCAAAACCAACACCCUCAGUUCAGUAUGGGAUAGCAUGAAAACUAUCACCGGGGUCAAAGAAUGUACACAUAAGAAAAUUGAGCUCUCGGGCUACAACACAGACCUAGAUCUGGCUCAGAGCCUUAGUGAUUUUUAUUUACGAUUUGAUACGCAAGAUAAUAGUGAAAAACAUGAUGAAUUAAAGAAACGCUUUCUGUCUGCCCCCCCUCCUAGCCCUUUCUUCGACGCAGACGAUGUAGCUAGAUGUUUUAGAAAGUGCAACCUGCAAAAAAGGCCAGACCCGGACUGCAUUAGUGGUCGUGUGCUGAAACUUUGUGCCAAGCAACUCAGCCCUAUUUAUAGUUUUAUUUUUAAUAUGUCUCUCUCACUUCAGAAGGUGCCAUCUACGUGGAAACAGGCAACCGUGGUGCCCGUUGCCGAAAUAAACAAACCCACCACAUUAAAUGAUUUUUGGCAUGUGGCCUUGACCUCCACUGUAAUGAAGCAGUUUGAAAAGCUAGUCAAAACAGAAAUACUAGCAAAAACCAAGCAUCUAUUAGACCCUCUCCAAUUCGCAUAUAGAGAAAAUAGAGGAGUACAAGAUGCCACAGCUACCUUACUUAAUCUUGUGUGUAAGCACCUGGAGGAGAGUAAGACACAUGCUAGACUAUUGUUCGUCGACUUCUCUUCCGCUUUCAACACGAUCCAGCCUCAUGUAUUAGCCGCCAAACUUGAACAUCACCUUAAACUUGACGUAUGUCUUGUGGGUUAGAUUUUAGACUUCCUUAUUAAUAGGUCACAACAAGUAAGGGUAAAUGAAACACUGUCCUGUUCUCUACGUUCCUCUACUGGAUCUCCCCAGGGUUGUGUACUGUCUGCACUUCUUUUUAUUUUGUAUACAAAUGACUGUCGUAACCAUCACACUGACAGAUUCAUCAUAAAGUACGCAGACGACACCAUCAUCGUCAGCCUGCUCCGUGAUGACGAAGCCAGCCCUGUUCUUGAUGAUUUUUUAUCUGUCUGUGACGAGUCUUUCCUCCUUAUCAAUGCUAAAAAAACUAAGGAGCUCAACAUUGAUUGUUGAAGUAGUGGACAGCUACAAAUACCUUGGCACUAGAAUUGAUAACAAAAACUGUGAAAUGCUUUGUAAAAAAGGUCAGCAACGUCUCUUCUGUCUCAGAAAGCUUGCUAGAUUCCAAGUCGACAAAAGUCUGAUGGAAAUGUUUUGCAGCACCUUUAUUGAGUCUGUCAUUUCCUUUGGUAUCAUCUGUUGGUAUGGCAAUCUCUCUGUCAAGAACAAAAACUCACUCACGAGUAUAGUGAAAACUGCCGCCAAAGUUGCAGGGGUUACGUUCAACAGCCCGGAUGAUGUUUUUAAUUCUAGGAUGCUUAAGCAAACAAAGUCCAUCCGAAAUGAUGCUACACAUCCCCUCAAUUAUGAGUAUAAAUUGCUUCCUUCUAGUCUCCGCCUAGUUGCUCCUCCAGCUACCAAAAACAGAUAUAAGAAUUCCUUUGUGCCUCUCUUAAUCAAAGCAAUAAAUGAUGUGUCAAAGAGUAGGUAGCAUGUACUAAGGUAGCUGACCUACUCUUGUGUAUUAUAGACUGCUGCACUUUUGGACCAGAUUCUAAUUUUCUUCUGUUCUUAACCUUGCAUACAUAGGUUGCUGUAUAUAUGCUCUCAGAGCCUAUGACUCUUUUCUACUUGCACAGGUCACUAUAUAUAUGCUGAUCAGUUUCUUUUACUUAUUUAUUAUAUUUAUUAUUAUCUACCUCCUAUACAAGUGGUAUCCUCACUCCUUGCACCUUGAUCUGUGCACUCGGUGCACCGAAUGAGUUUUUACCUGUCCGGCUGAUGUAAUGUGUACUGUAAUAUGUCCUGUAUGUUUGUCUUUAUGUACGCCAUGAUUUUAUCUGUUGCACAACAAAUCGCCCUUCAUGGGACAAAUCAAUAAAGUUGAAGUUGAAUAUAUAUAUGGAUUUUUGACGGCUGAUGCCGAUACCAAUUAUUAGGGGGGAUAUCCCCCUGUAUAGGAGGUACCAAUUAUUAGUACCAAUUCUUGGGUGUUCAGAUCGAGGAGGGCCUGACCUGGACUGUAAACACUACGAAGGUGAUUAAAAAGGCCCAACAGCAUCUCCACUUCCUGAGGGUCCUCAGGAAAAAUAACAUCACACAGAGACUGCUGGUGUCCUUUUAUAGGUGCUCCAUAGAAGCCACUCUUACGUAUUGUAUAUGUGUAUGGUUAAGCAGCUGCACUGUGGCUCAGAAAAAGGCUCUCCAACAGGUCGUCAACACAGCCCAGAGGAUAGUCGGUUGGCCCCUUCCUCACUGAACGACCUUCACAGUGCUCGCUGUGCUAAAAAAGCUCAGAGCAUCGUUAAAGACACUUUCCAUCCUGGUCACUCCUUGUUUGAACUUUUGCCGUUAGGCAGACAUUAUAGGACAAUCAAAUCAAGAAAAAACAGACUUAAAAACGGUUUUUAUCUGACAGCAAUAACUUCCCUCAAUGCCUUAAGGAAGGUUAUGUGUGACUGAGUAUUCAUUCAUUUAGUACUGCUAUUUAUUACUGUAGUUGUUUUUAAUGAUGCACUGACUGUUUGGCACUUUUUUAAUUUUGUUGUACUGGUUACAAUGACAAAUAAAGGACUAUUCUAUUCUAUUCUAUUCUGGAUGGCCUUCUAUUCAGCCAUCCCCUAAGCAAUGCUCACAAGCAGAAACGGUUGCAGUGGGUCCAGAAAUACAUGGACUAAUUUUCAAACAGUGUGUUCACUGCUGAGUGCUGUGCAACCCUUGAUGGUCCAGAUGGAUGGAGUAGUGGAUGGCCACCAUGUCCCAACAAGGCUGCAACAUCAGCAAGGAGGUGGUGGAGUCAUGUUUUGGGCCGGAAUCACAGGGAGAGAGCUGGUCGGCCCUUUUAGGGUCCUUGAAGGUGUGAAAAUGACCUCGGCAAAGUAUAUAGAGUUUCUGACUGAACACUUUCUUCCAUAGCACAAAUAGAAGAACCGUCCUCUCCGUAACAAAAUCAUCUUUAAUCAUCUUCAUGCAUGACAAUGAACCAUGUCUUGCAUAAUAAUUUGGAACGCAGUAUAUUGCACUUGUGUGUGGAUGUAUUUCUUCAUUAUUAAGGUGUGACCCUCGUCCUCAUAGAUUAAACUGUAAGACUGUGAGGAAACAUGUCAAACCUGUUCAGAGUUAAGAGUUCCCAGCAGUGUGUCACGUCCAACCCUAGUCAACAUCCUAGUUAGUCAACAUCAUCAUAACAAUCCCUGCCCUCCAGGUACACCUGCAGGUAUAUUAGCAGACGUCUCAGCUGAUUCCUGUCAGAGAACUUCCUUCAAGGAAACCUCAUCUGUGUGCAGAGAUGGCAGACAGUAAGUGGACCUAAUGUUACUGAGUAAUAUAUGGUUUUAGGUUAGGGCUUGGUGUCUCUGUCUAAUAUUUCUGUGUUUUUGUUUGUGGGCAGUGGUCCAAAGUGAACAAAUGUUAAGAGGAUAUCUUUUAUCCGUGUUGGGGAUUGGCUAACCCAAAAUAAGAUUAGGCUCCUGAAUCCAAACUGAGAAAAUCCUCCUAUGAGGACCAGAGGAGUUUAAACUUAGACCCUUCUACAGAUCAUCUGAGGUCUUAAAGACUGUAAGAACAACUUUUAGUGAUUGUUUGAGUAAACAAGCUGCUCUAAUCUGCACCAGCUUUCUAAUCACAGGAGUUAACUUCUUUUCUUCUCACUCUUCAUAAGUACUUAUGUCGACCAAUAAGACAAACAUUAUUUGAUCAAUUUUCAUUGUUCCCCUGAAGUUCUUUGUGUGCUCCUUACUUUUUCAACUUAGGAGAACAUGUGAAAAAAAUAAGUGUCAAGCCCUGUUUGUGCAGGUUAUUUCUUUGGGAACAUAACCUAAGAAUAAGAAUAAGAUCACUGAUGAUAUAUGUUGCAGAACAAAUGAAGAGCGUCACUGAAUGUAAAAGUUGCUGCAGAAAUGUUACCACCAAGUCUUUAGUAAUCCUCUCACUCAGUAAAACCUGUGCACUCUCUGCUGCCUCUGUGAAGGCAGGUCCCUCUGUUUGGGGUUUUCAGGGUAAAAUAAUAACGAGUGAUCUUCUUCAACAGGUGGAACCCCAAACCACAACUACGACUUGUCUGGGUCAGCCCUGACCAGACUCUACAACUCUCCGGUGUACAAAGCUGAGAGGAUGAAGAGGCCGCUGGACGGCACUUCUUUUGUGCUUGGACCAAUCAGCCACUCUGGAGUCAGGUAUAACAUGUCCCACUUCACUACAGAAACACAGGUUUACAGCCUGGUACAAAAACAGUGUGGGUCUCUCUGGCUCCUCUCUCUGUCUAGGCUUUACAGAGCGCUCACCUGUUUACAUCAUAUAUGAGGGACUAAAGAUACUGUGGUAGUCUGAGAGUAGACGGGUGCUGCUGCACACUUUGACUUAUUGACACAUUUGGAGUUUUUCUAAGGACCACUUUGAAAAUCUUCUCUCUGUGUUUUUGUCAGAGUGACUCUGGCUGAUGGUGCUCAGUGGCUCAUCCAUAAAGGAGACGACUACGGCGUCUCCUCUCAGACUGUGGUGACAGACGCUCGACACAUGAGCUCAGACUGGAGGGUAAAUCUGUCUGUUUCACUUCUAUACUGUUGUUUUUUUAUCGUUUCUGAACUGGCUCUGAGGUCAAACUCUCCUCCUCUGGGGUUUUCUCUUGUUGCAGGUUGUUCAGACAGCAGAGUUCAACGGCAGGAAGACGGUUGCUGACUUUGUGGCGACGGGCGGCUCUGAGUACAGCCUGCUGUUUGAUAACUGUCACAUGGGAUCAAACCGGAUGAUGGAUCAAUAAAGUUACAUUUACAGCCUUCUGCAAAGCUGCACUUUGAUUAUCUGUGCUCAAAAUAAAACUAGUCUUAAA